GCAACAACCACAAACGACGACGACGACUUGCGCUCGCGCGCUCUCGCUGCAGUGCAGAUGGAAGGAUGGAGGAGGAUGUUGCUGGGCUGCGGGAUGCGGUGGCCGCGUGGGCAAGUGUGGAUGGGGACGUGGAAGUGGCAGUUGUGCAGCACGCGCGUCGGCUAAAGCUGUUGCUGGAGGAGGUGUAUCAUGUGAUUCAGGCAAGCAGCGGGCCCCUGCACACCCUGAGGCUGCUGCCAUCCUUUGGCGCGUUUUUGGAGGUGCUGAUGGGCAGCACUGUGGUAGCCAGGUCACGGCAGCUGCUGCCGCUCGUCUUCAAGUGCGUUGUCGCCUUUGGCAGCCUGCACGCCAUCCCAAAAACGCUGGACGAUGAGCAUGCUGCUGCCCACGAGUGGUGCUUGCACCUGCUUCAGCACGCACCAGCAUCGUGUCCACCCCACUUGCUCCUGAGCACGCCAACAGCCACAACUGCAACCACAGCCACAACUGCAACCACAGCCACAACUGCAACCACAGCUGCAGCAAGAAGAUCCGCCAAUGGACAACCGAGUGGAAUCGCUCUGCACCAGACCGUGGUUGCUGCUGUCAGUGGCGAUGCGGGGCCACAAUCCACCCUGCGAAGCCCAAAGCCGCCAACUCGCAUGCCAGAGAACGUCCAGCUGGCAGCAGACAGGCUGCGUGUCCUCAAAACCCUCCUGCACCAACAACAGCAGCGAUAUCAGCAGGAAAGGCAGCGUGCCGUGGGGCUUUUCAACAACGAUGUGGCAGGGAGUGUGAUGUGGCCCACGUCUCUCAGCAUCGACAACAGCGGCAGCGGCAGCAGCAUGAUGAGGAUACCUGGUGCCCAGUGUGUUUGGGAGCAUGUGGCCUCCAUUGUGGAUCCAAUCACCCCGGAGAUGAGGCACCAGCACCCACGACACACGCGCGCCCUAGCCAUUGCCGUUGCAGCUGUCCUUGCACGUGCUCCGCUUUGCUCGUGCAAGACCUGGAACAGCGAGGAAGGUGGUGCCCCUCCAGCCAAGCGGCCACGCACAAGCGGCCGUCACCACCGUCAGCCUCGCUAUGACGUAGCAGCAUCAUCAGCAGCAGCAGCAGCAACAACAGCAACAAGCACUGGCUUGAGCGGUUUCACCAGCCACAGCCGCAGCAUAUCUUCUGUCCUCGCUCAACUCAAGGCACAGUCCCGCCACUCCACCUUGGCAGGUCAUCAGGCAAUCAGCGCCGAUGAUGCCUCUCCUUACCAUCACCAUCGCCAGCAUCACCAUCGUCAGGAGCGUCAGGAGCGUCAGGAGCAACAGCGCGAUCAUCGACGGGACCACCACCAACACGACCAACACGACCCACGCCACCAAGGGUGUGCACGCCAUGGCCUUCCCCUGGCAUUUGGUCAGGCCCUGCAGAUGCAGUGUGGGGUUGAUCUUGCCACAAUACCGGCACCCGCGGCCGCAUCGCUCUGGCUGUCCAGCGACGCCCUCUUGGCAGACGCUCUCUUCCACACGCUGCGCACCAUAGUCCAGCCGCACAAAGGGGGCACGGCGCAGCGAGCCCUCCGCGAGCCGCAGCGCACACGCGCAUCUGCACACGCGCCCGACCUGGCAUCACAGGCGCCAGCACAUGCACAUGGCACAGCGUCAAGCAGGGGCAGCUGUACGGCGCUGGCGCUGCCAGUGUUCGCAUCCAUGCACACCCGGGCGCAACGGAUGCUGAUGGUGCGCGCGUGUGGGCAAUCGACGGCGCUGCUUCUUCGCGUGCAUGACACGUUGCUGCAGCUGGUGGCGUCGUCACAUCUCAGCGUCAUCACUCGCGUGGGAAUCUCCAUUCUCCUCACAUCCCUGCACGCCACCACGUGCACCACACAGCAGUCUGGGCCGGCGCAGCCACCGUCCUCAUCACCACCAUCUGCUACUGCGCGUCUCUCCGCCUGCCCGCCAUCCGCCCAUCUCAUCUACAGCCGUCCGCGACACCAUAUGGUGGCACGCAUCCCGUUUAUGCAGCAGCAGCAGCAGCAGCAGCAGCAGGUGCAUGUGCAUGGUGGGCUGCAGGCGGUUGCGCAGGAGUUGAGGAUGCUUGGUGGACAGCGCGUGGUGGCGAUGGCGUGUGUGGAGGUGGAGGUGGAGCUGUGCUCCGUGCAUCUGGCUGUGUGGCGACUGAGGCGACUUUGGCAGCACGAAGCACACGAGAAACAGCCGAAGGCACAGCAGCCUGCACAGCAGAAGAGACAGCAGAGAGAGGAGAAACCACAGCAGCAGCAGCAGCAGCAGCAGCAGAGCAGUGCCAGCACGUACAUGAAGACGGUUCGACUACAGUGCUGCAGACUCUGGAUCGCAUCGCAGCAGCGGCGGAUUUUGGCGCCGUUGUCGCCGUGA